AUGAUCCAAUAUAUUCGCAACUUAACUUCACAUUGCCUAACCUUCCUCCACAUCACUGAAACCAACCGAACGAUGCUCCGUAAAGUGCUCUUCAGUGUGCUUUUAGCUACUGCGUGGGCUUUUCCAGCUCGUAAAGAUGGUUCUGAGAUCAAUGAAGAAGUAGAAAAGGCUCCACCUGGCUUGUCGUGGGAAGAAUGGCAUAUGCAACAUGAGCACCAGACCCAGAAAUACGACCCUGAAACGUUUUUUGUACUCCAUGAUAUCGGUCAGAAAGGCUAUUUUGACAAAGAAGAUAUACUUAGCAUGUAUGGCCUCAAUCGUGCAGAGGUUGUAGGAAGUGGCGAUGGAAUGGGAAAGCACGAUAACUCGGAACAGAUUGACGUCGAAUUGCCCGACAAGGUGUUCCGUCUGAUCAUGCAGCUAUUGGAUGUUGACGAUGACAGCAAAAUAGAGAAAAAGGAAUAUUUGAGAUUUGCGAAGGCCGGAAACAAGAUGCCAGAUCUGGGAGUCGGGGUUGGCCAUCAUUCUGACUUUGAGCUGGAAUACGAGCUACAUCACUGGAACAAGUAUCACAGGGACGUCGAUCCCUCUGUGAAAAUUGUGCAUCGCGAAGAUAUUGAGCACGAUUUGCUACAUCAUGAGCAUGAGGUCGAGCAUGAGGGCUUGGCCCAACAAGGCGCGUCAAGAGUUACAAUCAAGACUGAUGACGAGCUAGAGGCCAUGAUCAAGUUUGAGAGAAUUCCUGCAAAAUUUAGAAUUGGUUUUUAA